AUGUCUUCAUCCAUAUUGCAUCAGUGCCCGCAGUGCGGCCACGUCUCCGAUAUUUCCAAUGCGCUCGCAGCAUUUAUCGAGAACCCCCACUGCACGCAGUGUGGCUUGUCGGCUUCCGAGGGCAACCAGAAACUGCAAGAUGAACUCGCAGACUUGUUUGAUAGACAAAUGAGCAUGACCCAGUUUCAUUCAACCCCAACUCAAGGAUCCACCGGCUCAUCAAAAGCCCCAAACAGCUCAUACGGCAUCCCUCAACCCUCCCCAAGCCCUGCCCACAGCGUGAGCCCGGAACAACCCUCGAGCAUUGACGUUUUGAGAUAUCACGGCUUGGAUCCAAAUACUCUUACUCCGAACCAGCUAGGGCUAUUUGAAAACGCCGACUCAGAGCAAAAAGAAAGAUUGAUUCAAACAUGGCAACUAUACUCCCGAAUUGGGUGUGAAAACAAUGCCCCUGUUCAAGGCUUCGGUAUGGCAGACUCUGCUAUGGAUGACAGUGAUGGGAAUACCUAUGCUGAACCCUACAUGGUAUCUGGCUACGAGAACAAUACCAACCAAGUCUCACUUCCAAAAGAACCUACCACUGGGGAGCCAUAUGCUGGCUCAAAGGACCCUGUGUAUCAGAGUCAAGAAUGGUGGGAACUAACCAAAUCUGGACCGAUGGAAUCAAGCUAUGGGGCAUUUGAAGAAAUGAGACGAUACUAUCCUAGUUGUGGUGUAUAUCGUUGUUAG